UAAUCAAAAUUUAUAGGGAGGCUUUUGACGGUUAAACCGUAAUCAGGCAAAGCCCUCGUUAGCCGAGCCUGCCCUCGUUUACUGCCAUCGUUUUUACCAAUUAUUUACAAAUUUGUCUCCACAUAUUUAUUUCCUGAAUCCCUCCAUUGAUUCCCUCUUCAAAAAGAGCGCACACACACACACACACACUAUAUAGCUGAAAUAACACUCUGCCGCACCAUUAAUCGAAGAAUCUAUCCCAUUCUCCUCUCGCUUCCCUGUCUCUUUCUCUCUCUAGGAUCACAACCAAGCAAGGGAGUUCCGUGUGGAGAGGGGUGGAGAGACAAGGGGAAUCAAGUAAAGCAUUAGUUGAGUUGAAUGCAUUGACUGGUGGACGGAUUUUUCUUCGUGGUUGACUGUUCCGGCGACUGAAGGGAAAAAAUACGGACUUCAAUGGAUAAUGGGUUGCCUGAAGUUCAGCAAGUUACAUCAGGUCGACUGAAGGGAGUUCGUUUGAGUAUUUUAUCUGAUGAAGAUGCUGGAAAACUAUCAGCAGUGGUCGUCGGAACAGUCAAUGAAGUGUCGGAUGCUGCAUUAGGGCUCCCUACAUCAAAUGCUACUGAAUGCACUACCUGUGGUGCCAAAUAUUCAAGGGACUGUGAAGGGCAUUUUGGUUUGAUCAAAUUUCCAUAUACGAUCCUAAAUCCUUAUUUCAUGUCUGAAGUUGCGCAGAUCCUUAAUAAAAUCUGUCCAGGGUGUAAAUCUCUUCGGCAUAGUAAGAUUAAGAAUGCGCAUUCUGCUUCAAGUCACCAGCCAAGAAAAUGCAGAUAUUGUACUGGGCAAUCCAAAGCUGGCUAUCCAAAAAUGAAAUUCAAAGUAUCUACAAAAGACGUGUUUGCAAAAAGUGCAAUUAUUGCUGAAGUUAGUGAAGCAUUGGUGAGUAAGAGCUCAUAUGGGUGCCUGGCUUCUGAUUAUUGGGAUAUACUCCCUAAAGAUUCAGCUCAAGACCACAGUAGUCAGCCGCCAAACAAAAGAAUUCUAUUGCCAGCUCAAGUUUAUGAAAUUUUAAAGGAUGUAUCUCCAGAGGUUUUGGGAAAAUCUUUCAAAAGGAAAAAUUUGAUCUUUCUGAACUCCUUGCUGGUGACUCCAAAUAGUGCUCGAGUGAGAGAAUUUGGUCAGCGCAUAACUGUUGAUGAGACUACGAGGGCGUACAGAAAGCUUUUUGAUUUUAGAGGCACACCCAAUGAACUAAGUGCUCGUGUUCUCGAACGUUACAAACUUUCCAAGAUACGCUCAGAAAAGCUGUCACACUUGCAGAAAGCAUAUGAAAAACAAGCAGGAAAUGAGUCAGCUUCGAGUUCAUCAGGUCUAAAAAACAUAAAAGAGUUGCUACUUGGAAAGCGAACAGAUCAUUCUUUCCGCAUGGUUGUUGUCGGUGACCCUAGAGUUAAGGUUCACGAAAUUGGCGUGCCUUUUCAAGUCGCAGAGAAUUUGCUUAUGAACGACCAUGUCAACGAAUGGAACUGGGAGAAGUUGAUGCCCUGCUGUGAUUAUAUGCUUCACCGAAGGGGGAACUUUACAGCACUUCGGGAUGGUCAGAGGAGAACUAUAUGGUUUAAGGACAUGUUGCGUGCAGGAGAUUCCAUUCGUAGGCCUCUUAUUGAUGGAGAUAUUGUGUUGAUUAAUAGGCCCCCAUCUAUUCAUCAACACUCCCUUAUUGCUCUAUCCGUAAAAAUUCUCCCAAUCAAUUCUGUUCUGUCCAUUAAUCCUCUAAUAUGUUCUCCUCUCAAAGGGGACUUUGACGGAGAUUGUCUUCACGGUUACAUUCCCCAGUCAUUGAACACCAGAAUAGAGCUCAAUGAGCUUGUUUCAUUAGAAAGUCAGUUAGCCAAUGGACAGAAUGGUCGAAACCUUUUGGCACUAGGUCAAGAUAGUUUAACUGCCGCAUAUCUAUCUCUUCAAGAUGGAGUUAUUAUGAAUAAAGCUAAGAUGCAGCAGCUGCAAAUGUUCAGUUCUUGUAUGCCAGUAUUGCCAGCUGUUAUCAAUUCUAAAACUGGUGCUCAUUUUUGGACUGGGAAACAAAUGUUUAGCCUUCUUUUGCCUAGGGAUUUCGAAUUCACUUCUGCAUGUAAUGAUGUAUGUAUAAGGCAAGGGGAGCUUGUGUCGUCUUCCCAUGGAUCAUCUUGGUUAAAUGACAACAGUGGGAAUCUAUUUGAAUGCCUUCUAAGACAUUGCAAAGAUAGAGCACUUGAAUUCCUAGGCAGUGGGCAGGAGGUUCUUUGCGAGUGGUUGUCAAUGAGGGGACUCACUGUUUCAUUAUCAGACCUUUACAUGUCCCAUGACUCUAAGUCUCACAUGAAUCUUCUAGACGAAAUAUCAUGUGGCUUGCUGGAAGCAGAAAGGCUAUCCAAGGCUAGUUUGCUAAUGGUGGGUUGCAACCAAGAUUUUCUUGUAGAUUGCUCUGAAGAGAGUGAUUACAUGGAAAAUUUUCUCAAGAAGAGGACUUUGAUUGCUCAACAGACUAUACCAGAACUUUUUCACGCCUCAGUUUCUGCAGCCAAGGCAGUAUUUCGGGAUAUGCAAAGUCUAGCUUACAAGUACUCGGGCAGUGGUAAUUCAUUUAUAGCUAUGUUAAAGGCUGGGAGCAAAGGCAAUUUGCAAAAAUUAUUUCAACAUAGCAUGUGUGUGGGGUUGCAGCACUCGUUGGCUCCAUUAUCUUUUUCAGUUCCCCGUCACCUGUCUUGUGCUUCAUGGAACUACCAGAAGGGUCUUCCAGAUUUACAAACAUCGCAGGGUUACAUCCCGUGUACAAUGAUUGGCAACUCCUUCUCAACAGGUUUAAAUCCUCAGGAAUGUUUUGUUCUUUCUUUGACAACCCGUGACGGAUCUUUCGGUGGCAAUGCUGAUAUCCCAGGAACUUUAAACCGACGCUUGAUGUUUUUCAUGCGGGAUUUAGUAACAGGGUAUGAUGAAACUGUUAGGAGUUGCUAUGGAAAUCAGGUUAUCCAGUUUCACUAUUGCUCCGAGGAGAUGAAUCUUACCAAUGUCGAUGGCCGUAUGGGUGGUCAUCCUGUUGGGUCAACUGCGGCUUGCGCCAUUACAGAAGUUUUAUACAGUGCGCUGGAUCAGCCGAUCAGUGUGUUAGAACCGUCACCUAUGCUAAAUUUAAAGAAAGUGCUUGAAUGCGGAGUGAAAAAGAGUACUGGCUCUAAAAGUGCUUCACUGUUUUUAUCCCGGAGACUUAGAAGAUGGGCAAAUGGUUCUGAAUACGGAGCUUUAGAAGUGAAGAAUCAUUUGGAGUGUUUGCCUUUCUCGAACAUAGUCUCAGAAAUAAGGAUAUGCUAUUCAAAGAAGACAAAUAGCGGCACCAGUGUUAGUCCUUGGGCUUGCCAUUUUCACGUAAAAAAGGAAGUCGCCAACAAGAGGCGGCUGACAAUGCGCUCAAUUAUCAAUUCUCUUCGUAUGAAUAAUAAAUUAAAUGGAGCCAAAUCCAAGUUUGAUCUUCCGAAGUUGCAUAUAACUAGCGAGGUUUGUUCUGAAGCUGACACUCACACUGACUCUACAAUUUGCAUAUCAGCUGCAUUAACUGAGAGCAUUCACAAUAUCCCUGAUGUGGACAUUCUUCGUGAUAUGAUUAUACCUGCCCUUCUUCAAACUGUUGUAAAAGGAUUUGUGGAAUUCAAGAAGGUUGAUAUCUUAUGGAAAGAGGGAUCCGAUUGUUCAAAAUUCCAAAGAUGCCCUUCAGGUGAACUCUUCUUGCGAGUUGUCACAUCAGAAUACUGUGAGAGGACCAAGUUCUGGAGUACACUCAUUGAUAAGUGCCUUGUUAUAAGAAAUAUAAUUGACUGGGAGCGCAGCCAUCCAGAUGUUCUUCUCGAUUAUUGUGAAGCAUAUGGAAUUGAUGUUGCAUGGCAAUAUUUUGUAACCACUUUGCAUGCUGCUAUACGUGACACUGGCAAGUCCAUCCUUCCGGAACAUUUAUUUGUUACAGCCAAUUGCCUUUCAGCUACGGGAGAGUUCGCACCAUUAAAUUCAAGAGGACUGGCACAUCAAAGAAAGGAAACUAGUACUUAUGCACCCUUCAGUCAAGCCUGCUUUUUGAAUCCUAGCGAUUGUUUUAUAAAAGCAGCCAAGGUGGAACAAAUCGAUGGUCUUAAAGGAAGCCUCGAGGCUUUGGCAUGGGGACAAACCCCUUCUAUUGGAACUGGUUGCCAGUUCGAUCUUUUAUACAAGGGGAAGGGACAUGAACCUGCUGAGCGCACAGAUGUUUACAGUCUGCUGAGCACCCAUGUUGCGUCUGAUAAAACUAAUGCUAAGGUGAAACCACAUGACAGAAAAUCUAUUGCUUCCUAUCAUUUCAACUCAAAGGAGCAAAAGAUCUCGCUUCAUAAGAUGCUCGCACAGCAUUUCACUGUGGUUGGGAUUCAGAAAGUUUCACGGAAACUAAAGCGUAUCCUGAAAGAGUAUCCUGCAAACCGUCGCCUGAAUGAAGAAGAUAGGUCUACAGCAAUGAUGGCUCUAAAGUUCCAUCCAAAAUUGCAAGAUAAGUGCGGAACUGGCAUUUUAGACAUAAAGGUUGGCCGUCAUCCAGAGCACAAAGAGAACUGCUUUUUCUUGGUACGCACAGAUGGCAGCGAGGAAGACUUCUCGUACCACAAAUGCAUCAAUCAUGCUCUGGAAAUGAUAUCUCCCGACAAGGCCAAGACACAUCAAACCAAGAACAACAAGGUCGCCUCGACUCCUGCAGUCAUCGUGGAAUAGUCUGUGAGAAAAGACUGAAUAAAUUGUAAGGGUGUGAACCGAACCCGAAAGUAGGCUAAUUUUGUUGUGUGUAGAAAUAAAUAUUUGCGAGUUGGAUAGCCCAAGCUUCUUUUUGGUGCUUCCACUAAAGGUUCUUUGCCUGAAGUAGAGGCUAGGGAUAUUUAGUGGAAGUACCAACGGGAAAGCUUUCAAGGGCUAUCCAUUUUCAUGUUGUAUUGUUCUCUUGUUUCUUAAUUUUAUUGCAUAACAAUCUCAACUACUGCAAUUCUGUUUCUAUCCAUUUCGAUUCCAAAA